CAACAAAGCAUGGCAGAUUAAGCCGUGCAGAUAACUUGCUUCGGAAAGUAUUCACGGUCCUGCAGAGCUUGGGGCCCAAAUGGGUUAUUCGCAUGAUAUCAAAAGAUUACAGCCUGGCCCACGUUCCAGAGGCGCUUGGAAUGAGCAGAUUCCGUUUUCUCCCGCCUGACCUCCUUCGAUUUCAAAAUUCAAUCCUAGCUGCCGUAGGGCUCCUAGGCAGCCCGACUAUCCUGCAUAUGCCCAUCCAUCCAGCCAGCCGUGGAUACUUGCGAGGAGCUAAAGUAAGUCGCCAGUAGGGAGCUAGAGCUACAGGUUGGGAUAAUAACCGCGCGUGCAACCUACGAAAAAGCAAGGAGCAUCAGGCAUUACUGCCAAUUGGCUGGGCCGAGAAGGAUAAGCAUG